AUUAUUUAGCCCAAUUCAUAUAUAGCUCUUCUACACCGGAACUCCCCAUCCCUGUCUGUAUUUUCGCUGGAAGAACAGAGAAAUGGAAGCUAAUGCACAGGCCAAUCGCCGCAUUGCAACAAUCACGAAUCAGCUUCUGCCUCCUAAUUUCCAGGAAGGAGGUGAUGUUCAUCUGAAGAGAGUUGACUGCAGAGCGAAAGGUGGGUCCCCUGGAUUCAGAGUUGCUAUCUUAGGUGCUGCUGGGGGAAUUGGCCAACCCCUUGCUUUGCUGAUGAAGAUGAACCCACUAGUUUCAGUUCUUCAUCUUUACGAUGUUGUAAACGCCCCUGGUGUCACGGCUGAUGUUAGUCACAUGGACACUGGAGCUGUGGUAAAUUUCUUACAUCGCUGCUACUUGCAAUCUCAUUACUGAAUUGUUGAUCCAUGAAGCGCGUAUACUUGACCA